UUGGAAAGUGACCAGCAUGCUUCCUCUUCUGUUGCCGCAAGUUCCAUUCCGUCUGGUUUUCGACAAGGAUGUGCACUAUAUUAUCUAUCAAUGAUGUUGAGGUCGGUAUGGAGAAAUGGACAGCAAAGGUCACUGUCCAGGAGAAACAGCAAGUUACCUCAUCACUUAGCACACCAACUAGGAAACAGAAGUUUAUCUUCAUUGAUUCUGAGGGAUCAAAGGUUGAAGGCAUCAUAUUUAAUGCUGAUAUUGCUAUAAUGAGCCCUAGAAUAGAGGUUUACAAAAAAUACCUCAUCUCCAAUGCUCAGGUCAAAAGAAUCCCUGAAAACUUUAGAACCACUGAGCUAGCAGUCCAAUGGAUAAUCACCAGUCGAACAAUUAUUGAAGAGAUUGUAGACAAUGAGGAUGUUAUGGCUGCAAAGUUUACGUAUACCAACUUUACGGACUUGGCACAGUACAUGGACCGCAAGGACAUUUCUGUUGAUAUUAUGGGAAUUGUUAUUGCUGCUUUGGAUGAAAAACUGUCACCGUAA